AUGGGAUCCUCUCAGAACCGGCAGCAGAGCUCGACGUGGAGCUCUGGAGACAAGCAGAUAGAUCUCACCACUCCCGUAGAGGCGGAACACGUCGGCGGCUUCCGUGGACGGCUCAAGAGCCUGCGGCGAACAACAACUGACAAGUCCAAGACGUCAACCCCGGACAAUCUCAGAGGCGCACUGGGGCUGAACUUGCUGCACGAGCCCUCAGAGCCACGUGUCGACUUCGUUUUCGUCCACGGACUAAACGGCGGCUCGAGGAGGACGUGGAGCGCGACCUCUGACCCCUCGACGUUCUGGCCCAAGGAAUGGCUUCCCUCCGAAGCCGGGUUCAGACAUGUCCGCAUCUCCAGCUUUGGCUACGACUCGGACUGGACCAAGUCGCAACCCAGCACCCUGACCAUCCACGACUACGGCCAAGCUCUACUAGCAGACUUGUACAACUCGCUGAGCCUGCGAAAGAAUGGAAAUACCCCUAUUGUGCUCGUGGCACACAGCAUGGGAGGCUUGAUUGUGAAAAAGGCCUACCUGCUCGCUAGAAGAGAUCCCAUCUAUCAGGAGUUUGCGAAGAGAAUCCACAGUCUGUACUUCUUAGCGACCCCGCACAGGGGGGCUGACUCGACAUCGUUCUUGACCACAUUUAUUUCCAUGUCUCUUGGUUCUUCCGGGUCGAAAUCCUUUGUCAAGGAACUUAUUCCCGGCUCUGGGACGCUUCAAGUCAUCAAUGACGAGUUCCGGCAUGUAUGUCAGGACGUCCAUCUCUGGUCCUUCUUCGAGGGCCUCCCAACCCAGGUUGGUCCAAAGUACUUGACCGUCGUUGAGAAGGAGUCGGCCGUGCUAGGAUUGCCUGGUGAGCAUACCCAAUUCCUGCAAGCAGAUCAUCGCCAUGUCGUCAAGUUCGAAACUGCAGAAGACACAAACUACAACAUUUUGCUUCGCUGCUUCAACACGACCAUUGCGGAGAUUGAGAAGGAGUACAUCGCCGACAGGUUUGAGAACCACAAGGCUCAGAUGAAGUUGAUUGCGGCUGCGUUUGACAUACCUGACCGCCCAGAUGGCGAUUUCAACAGAGUGGUAGACAAGCUCCACGAUGGAUCCUGCGAAUGGCUGACCGAACACGCCUCCUUCCAGGACUGGCUCGUUGAGGACCCAUCAGAGGCCGACUCCAACAUGAAGGUAACCACGCUCAACCCUUCCAGGCAGGAGCCGGCCGGCUCGGCACCUCGAUAUCUGUGGCUUAACGGCCCACCGGGUUCUGGAAAAUCCGUGGCGUCGACCCACGUUAUCAGGCAUCUCGAGUCGUACAACCUAGACUGCGCAUAUUUCUACUUCAAGGCCAACGAGAGGUUCAGCAUUUCCCACAUGCUCCUUUCGCUCGCCCUCCAGAUGGCGGAAUCAAACUUCCAGAUCCGCCACACAUUCUUGGCAAUGAUCGAGGAAGGCGAAACCAUCAACAGCCAGAGUGACCACACGAUGGUCUGGAGCAAUUUGUUCCUCGGCAGGAUCUUCAAAAUGACCCUAUCCCAGCCCCAGUACUGGGUCAUUGACGCCCUCGACGAAUGCCCGUCCAAGGCUCUCUCGGUUCUACUCCCCAUGUUCGCAAGGAUCGAUCCGUCCUUCCCUCUCAAAAUAUUCAUGUCCAGUCGCCCCAACGGUCUCGUAGAGCGCCUCCUCAACCAAGAGAAGAUCCAGCGAGUCGAGAUGCACACCGGCCAGGCUGAGUCGCUCAAGGACAUUGAGAUCUUUGUGAGGUCAAGACUGUCGCCGAACAUCCUCGAGGGCUUUGGCAGCGAGGAGCAGGCUGAAACAAAAUUGGUGGCCGAGAUCAUGGAGAAGUCGAACGGCAUCUUCCUCUGGGCGUCGCUGAUCAUGGACCGCCUCGACGAGGCCCAUAGCAUCGAGGCCAUGCGAGACACUCUCAACCAGGUCCCCACCGAGAUGAGCGGGCUGUACCAGGGCAUCCUCGCGGACAUUAAGGCGUCGCCGAAUGCAGAGCUGUCGCUGUGCAUUCUCAGGUGGGUAGUCUGUGCGAGAAAGCCUCUCACGACCGAGGAGCUGAGAGAGGUGGUGCGGCUGGACAUCAACCAAACGCUGCGGACCUCGGACAGAUUCGCACAGAUCUGCGGCAACAUGAUCACGGUCGAGGACAACCAGAUCCGCGUCAUGCACCAGACGGUCAAAGAGUUCCUGACCGGAGAGCAGUCGGGCUUCUACAUCGAUAGGUCGUGGUCGCACGCGCGCAUCGCAACGCUCUGUCUGCAGCAUCUCAACGGGAAGAACUUCCUGCCGCCCCGAGCACACCGGCCCAGUCCUUCCAAGGUGAACGCGGAGGAGACCGUCUUUGACGAAUAUGCCAUCGCAAACUUUUCGUACCACAUAGCCCACUGCACCCCGUCGGAAGCGACGCACAACCUGCUGCCGCUGCUCGGCGCCUUUAUCUCUUCCAACGUGCUGACGUGGAUCGAGAGGGUGGCGACGACGAGCAGGCUGUACAUGUUCAGCCGGGCCAUCAAGCACCUCAAGUCGUAUCUUACCCGCCAGGUUAUCACUUGCUCGCCCCUAAACCCCGACUAUUCAGUGACGCUGAGGUUCCUCGAAGACUUGACCCGGCUCGGGGCCAUCUAUGGGCCAAACCUGCUCCUCAACCCGUCCAUCAUCUACACGCUGAUCCCUCUGCUCUGCCCCAAGUCGUCGGUCAUCCAGUCCAAGUUCGCCAAGCAGUUCCGCCAGAAGGUGAUCUGCUCGUUCAACGAGGAGUGGGACGAACGCCUCACCUCCUUUUCGUACCCCAGCCGGGUUCUCUCCAUCGCCUGCUUCGACCCCUACUUUGCCAUCGGGCUCUCGGACAGCUCGAUCAAGGUCUACCGCAGCACCACGUUUGAGCUCGUGGCCAACCUCCAGCACGGCGAGCCUGUCCGGCGCCUUGCCUCGGGCAUGCUCACCAACGUCUUGGUGUCUGGCGGCAUCAAGUGGAUAAAGAUGUGGGGUCCCCGUCAGGAGCCUCUGUGGACGGUGCCCAUGCCCGACCACGCGCUGUGGUUCGAGUUUAGUCCCGACGACUCCAAGCUCUACGUGGCGGUCAAGACGGGCGAGGUCUUUGUCUACCGCGUCAAGACGGGACAGCGGCUCGAGGCCCUGCCGGUUCUCGGCGAGGAGCAAACGGACUCGGACUCGGACAAUGCAGACCAACACCAGCGCGUGAUCACGCCGUCGCUCAUGAGGAUAUGCCCCAAGCUCGGCAUUGCGGCCAUCGCGUACCGCAGCUCGCACCUGAAGCUGUCGUACUAUGACAGUGACGAGAGGGUCGACACGUUUGUCAAGGAGGGAUACGAGGACGGGGUGCUGCCGCCGCAGAUUCUCGACGUGGCGUUCAACCUGGUGCUCGAGCAGAACCUGAUGGCGGUCUCGUACCUAGACGGCGACCUUGUCACGCUCGACCCGUGGAGCUUGCAGCAGAGGAACACGUACCACCUGCACGCCGUCACGCUCGCGGCGUCUCCGGACGGGUCGACGCUGGCGGCGGGAGACAGCGAGUGCGUCAUCUCGCUGUUCGCGUUCGAUUCGCUGCGGCUCAUCUGCCGCAUCUCGUCGAUGGAGGAGCGCAUCAUGGGCAUCGUGUUCGCGUCCAACAGCCUGCGCUUCUUCGACCUGCGGGGCAGCUCGUGCAACGUGUGGGAGCCGGCGGUGCUCAUCAAGAAGAGCAUGGCCGACGACAGCUCGAGCGAGGACUCGGACGAGUUCCUGACGCCGGCGUCGAGCCUCGUGUGCAACCGGUCGUUUGAGGGCAGCAACAACAUCACGGUGGUGGCGCAGGCCGGAGACCUCAACUACGUGUUUUGCGGGCGCGAGGAGGGCUCCAUCACGGUGCACGACACCAACACGGGUAAGGUCUGCGCCGAGUUCAAGUACCACGCGCGCAUGGUCGACAUCCGCCACCUCGAGUGGAACCCGCAGACCAAGGUGCUCUUCAGCGUCGACGCCUCGCGCCGCUGCUUCGCCACCCGCUUCGCGCCGCCCACCACGGCCGCCCCGGCGUGGAAGCAGCUCGACCACACCCUCGACUUCCGCGCCGCCGACACCGUCUUACAGGUCGUCGUCAGCGCCGACGGCACCAUGUGCCUGGUGUCAACUACACGGGGCGAGGAGAUCCACGACGCCACCCCCGGUCCCGCUGUCACGGACGGCACCAUCCCCGCCCCCACCCCCCUCACCGCUACCUUUCCCACCCCUACUCCCACCACCGCUGCCUUCCCUAUCGGGGCUGCCACCACGCUGACCAACUACUCUGGCAAGACGGGCCGGUGGCUGCAGCACCCGACCGACGCGGAGCGCCUGCUGCUCAUCGACGGCCACCGCCUUCACGUGUUCCGCUGGAAGAGCCUCGAGCGCGAGACGGACGCGGCGGGCAUCGAGCUGACACUGCCGGCCGAGCUGGCGGGCGCUACGGUGGCGGCCGACGACUGGUGCUCGCGCGCGGGCUACGGCACGCUGCACCAGUCGGUGGCCAUGUAUAAGUCGCCGUCCGAGACGGCGUUCCUGACGGUCGACAUACCGGCGGCGCCCGCAGCGGGGGCCGCAUGGCCGCGCCAGGUCGACGUGGUGUGCACGGCGCGCCAGCUCGUGUCGGGCACCAAGGGCGCGCUGGGCAUCUACAAGUCGAGCCUGUAUUUCCUCAGCAGUAUGGGCUGGGUGUGCUCCAUCAGCCUGAAAGGGCUGCCGGCGUCAAAGUCGUACGUGCGCCACUUCUUCAUCCCGUCCGUCUGGCUCAACAGCGGCGCCACCAUCGCCCGCGUCGUGUCCAAGACCACGGUCGUCCUCGCCUACCGCGACGAGCUCGUGGUGUUCCAGGGCUUCCUGGACUUUGAGCACAAGACCAACUUUGACGAGAUUGUCCAGGAGGGCGCUGUCGUUCCGCUGGAGCCGCGCUCGCCGUGA